AUGACAGGUCUAUCCAAGCCCCCAGAAAUUCCUCGUAUCAGCUGGAACUCCACCAGCUCGAACUCCACCAGCUCAGAACGGUGGCAAGCCAUCGCCACCCGCGACAUAACCGCCAACAGCUUCGUCUACGCCGUUCGCACCACAAAAAUCUACUGCCGUCCCUCAUGCCCAGCACGACUAGCCCGCCGUGCCAACAUUCAAUUUUACGACAGUGCUCCGCAAGCAGAGAAAGCAGGCUUCCGACCCUGCAAGCGCUGCCGUCCGCAUUCGGGUCAGACGGCGGCUCAAAGCAACCCCCAAACCGCCGUGAUUGGCAAAGCCUGCGAGUCAAUUCGGAAAUUUCUGACGACAGGGUUGAAACCAAAAAUCAGAGAUCUGGCGGCGGAGGCUGGCUUGACACCCAGUCAUUUCCAUCGUGUGUUUAAGAAACAUCUGGGCGUGACGCCUGGCCACUAUGCUGAGCGCCUUCUGCUGCCGAAAUCAUCGCCAUCCGAUGACGAUGAUGUUUCUGGAGUUGAAACACGGCGCUCAGCCUCUGGGGAUAGGGAUGAGAUCUUCGAAGAGAAGAAUCGCGAGAAGGGGGCUGGCCUGGCGGCAGGGGAAAAUAGUCCAUUGAUGAGUGGCUGGAAUGAGUUUGAUGCUCUGCUGGCUUUUGAAUCGGAACCAACGUGGGUGCCUGGCUUAGCUCUAUUGACCCACGAAUGA